UUGUAGCGCGAGGAUACAUUUGCUGUACAGCCACUUAGCAGCAGCAAGAGAACCAUAUUUAGAAGGCCGCGAUGGGAAAUGGGUCAGGAUCACUCAGAAUGGACGGCGGCAUGAAGGAGCAUCUGGUGUCUUCCGAAGCCGUAGGCGAACAGCCAGAAGUCAGCUGUCGCUCAGUGGGAACAAACACCCCUUGUGGAGGGCAAGUAGAUGGGGUGAUUGACAUCAACAACGCAGGAAAGAAGAGGCAUGACCCUGCGCCAGGUGCGGUAAAAGUACUGCCCACGACACAUGCAUCACUCCAGCAGCGAGAGAUCAUGACACCAGUGGCAGUACCAUCUGUCAGGAUCGUUUCUCCAGAAUGCUCGGAGCCUCGGAACGACGGUGGCGACGAUAAGCGCAUCUUGAACGACAGUCCAGUCAGGUCGCCGCCCAGAUCGCCGCCGUUGCGGUCUACCGAGGUGCUCAGCGGAAACCAUCGUCAUGCGAAUACAGCUUCACCCCUUGGUGGGAGUCGGUGUUCACUUUUUGCGCGGAGUCUCCUGCUCUCCCUGCUGGCCCUAAUGGGCGUCUCCUCAGUCCUGGGCGUGGUGUCGUGGCGUCUCUUUCAAGAAGCCCAAAGCAUUGAUUACGCCCGCAACGCCUCAUCUCUGCUGAGGCUCUUCCUGAACGGGUCGUUUUUCCCAAUCACGAAUGACUCAGAAGCGUACGUGGAUAUCAACAACGAUACCCUGUCUCCUGUUGGCCUCUAGUGUAGACUAUUAAGUACGCUGGAUGUGUGGCCUCACUGUUGCAUACGCCUAAUCCAGAACUCUACAGAUAGGUCACGAUUGGGCGCUAGCUCACUCAUUAUUUAGAGUUUCCAAAUACACUAUUAUCUCGCAA